AUGGAUUUAAGGACUCUCUAUAAUAAGGCUAUUUUAGGGGAGAACCUAUACUAGCAAGUAAAGUAAGCUAGAAGUGAGUUGUAUUCUAAGUAUCCUGACUCAACUCCUUUUGUGGGCAAAAUGUUUUCUAUGAAUCAAAAAGAAGGAUUUAUUAAAUUAGCUAAAAAUUUUAAAAACUUGGCAGCUAUUAUGAAAGGAAAAGAUUAAUAGCUUAUCCAAAACAUGCACUUGGUAACAGAAAUAGGAGUACUAUUCCUUCACUUUAAUGCUUUUCUGUCUACAAUUUAGAUGCUUGGUACUCCUGAGCAGGUCAAAUAUUGGGAAAAUUUAGCUCUUAAUUUUUAAGUGUUAGGAGCAUAUGCAUAGACAGAAAUGGGUCAUGGUUCUGAUGUUUAAGGAUUGCUUUCAAGGGCAGACUAUGAUUUAGAAACAGAUUCUUUUAUUCUAAACAGCUAAGAUCCUAAAUCUGGCAAAUAUUGGCCAGGAGUUCUGGGUAUUAACUGUACCCAUUGUGUCUUUUAAGCCUAAACAUUUGUUAAAGGUCAAUAUAUUGGAGUAUAAACUUUUGUAGUGCCUAUUAGAGAUAAAAACAAUCAAAUGAAAUAAUAUCCAGGAGUAGAAGCAGGAGACAUUGGUCCUAAGUUUGGUUUCUAGUAUACUGAUAAUGGUUAUUUAUAUCUGAAGAAUUACAGAAUACCUAGAGAAAACUUAUUAAUGAGAUAUUGUUAAGUUUCAAAGGAUGGUAGCUUUAAAAUAGCAGGAAAAAAGGCUAUCAAAUUAGGAUAUGGUAGCAUGCUAAAUUUAAGAGUUAUACUUGUAGCUUCGUUUUGCUUUGGAGCUUUAAGCUCAACCCAUUUAGCUUAUCAUAAUAGAGAGUUAGCAAAAAAAUAUUGUGAAGAAACUUAUCAUCUGUAAAAGAAGUAAAUAGGUAUUCGAGAUAUUUAUUUCAAAGAAGAUUUUGCUAGAAUGACUUCAUAUUUAAUGAGUUCACUAAAAUUAAAGGAAAUGUAUGCAAGAUAUUAAAAAGCAAUAUAGCAGGAUGAUCCAAAUAUUCUUUCUAUUCUUGCUGAAAUUCAUAUACUAUCAGCAGGGUUCAAAGCUUGUAGCUCUUGGGCAUAGCUCUAAACAGUUCGCUAAAACCUUAUUUAUAAUGAUCCUAUUGGUCAUUUGAAUUGGAGUGGAUAACCACAGAGGCUUGGAGAUUCAAUUCCAGCUCCAACAUACGAAGGAGAUAAUCAUGUCCUUCUACAACAAACUGGUAAAUACCUCUUGAAACUCUUUAUGGUUAUUUAAAAAGCUAAAAAGAGUAAGGAAUCACUUUCUGAUAAAGAAAAAUUCAUGCUUGGAGGAGAACUUUCAUUCUUUGUAGAUUGUGCAUUCUAGAGAAAAGCUGUUGAUGUUCUCCAUAAUUUAAAUAUGAAUGACUUUGAAUCAGUAAUGAAGGCUCUUGAAAUGACCUUAUUUUUAUACAUUUAGGAUGUUGCUUAAAGUAUUUAUUCAGAAAUAAAAACUGGCGAAAAGCCGAUUCACAAAUUACUGAAUGAGUAAUACCAAGACAGGAUAGUUAAUUACAGUAAAUUUUUCAUACAUGUUAUGAACGUAAGAUUUUGUAGGUCCUAUCUUUUGUAGAAUUCUUUUGAAAGCAAAACAGAAAAAACACUCUAAACACUACUCCACAUUUACCUUUUGAGUAUGGUAGAUUUAUACAAAGUACUUAUGUUCACAUAUUAGUUAUCUAAUGCUUCCAAACUAGCCCCAAUUGCUAAUCUUAAAUACUAGCUUUACACACAAAUUAAUGACAAGUUUUUAAUUGAUUCCUUUGAAAAUCCUAUAAAAGAAUUCUAAAAUUCAAAUAGCGUUGAUGUUUUUGAAAAAGAAUCAUAAAAUAUCGAGGCAUACCUAACCGAAACAUUCACUGAAUUGGCUAAUGAAUAAUAAAAAUAAACACCAAGAUUAUGA